AUGAUGGGCUUGCGGCUCAAACAACCCUGGCAUGCUGGGGAGCGUAUUCUGCAGGAGAAGCAGGGCACCGUCCAUACUUCGGAUGAGAUGGGGCCACACAUAUACCACAAGGUCAUCCCCGCAUCAUACAGAGACAUGGUCGGCCCGCAGCCGCAUUUCAUGGUCAGCUUCUUUGAUGUAAAGACACAUGAGAGCUGGUCUUCCCUCGUAUUCGCACGUCCAGGUUUCGCUGACUGUGAAACAUCAGACGGAACUCACAUCGAUGUAGCGGCUGCCCUGGACUCUAGGGAUGCUGCAGUAGCUGCUGGCUUGAUGAGGCCAGGCGUGAUGGUUGGUGCGGUUGCCAUCGACUUCAUGACACGACGCCGGAAUCGCUUCAAUGGGGUCAUCAGCAAUGUCAACAAGAAUGGACACUUCUCGAUCCAAAUAACUCAGGCAUUUGGAAACUGUCCAAAAUACAUCACGCGGCGGAGGGUGCAGCGAAUGGGUAGCAACCUCGAGUUUGCGGCGGCUGCCGAACCUGUGACUGAGGCGUCCAAGGUCGGCGCACUCGAGGCUUCCAUUAUCUCGAACGCGGAUAACAUGUACUUUGGGACGGGUACCCCUGAGCAUGGUGCUGACAUGAACAUCCGCGGCGGCUCGCCAGGCUUCGUGCGCAUCCUGCACGAUGGCAGUACCAUCUGUUGGCCAGACUACACCGGGAAUGGAUUCUACAUGAGCCUUGGCAAUGUGCAGUUGCAGAACUCAGCCAGCCUCGUGUUCGUAGACUGGGACGACACAGGUCGUGGUGUUCAAAUUGCGGGGGCAGUGCGCACGCUUGAGCGGCCAGAGGUUGUGGAUACAGAGAUGCUGAAGGUCCUGAGUGAAGAGCCGCAGGCCCUCAGACUGGUGACGAUGUCAGUCCAGAAGCUCCAUUCCAUUCCGCGAUACAGUCCUCACAUCUAUGAGAAGGUGGAGCUGAGCCCAUACAACCCACGCCCAACAGCUUUGGGACCGGACUUCCUGGCAGUAUUGCAGUGGGCGCGCCGAGAGUCCAAGGAUGUGCUGUCCUUCGAGUUUCAACUCGCGCCCCUGCCACGUCCAGGGUCCAUCGUGUUGAAGCCGGGGCAGCAUGUGAGGUUGGCAUUGCCGGCACUGCAAGGAAGGGAGGCAUCGCCCCCCGAACGGACCUGGACAGUGACCUCCUCGCCACAGUGGUUCAUGGACCACGCGCGUUUCCAGAUUUCCGUCAAGCUAAAGCCGGGCGGCAAGGCGUCGACAUGGUUGCACAACCUGAGUCGAAAGGACAUGGAGAAAGCCCACCUGCACUUUCUUGGUUUUGCAGGGGAGUUUGGGCCACAACUCGAGCCGGGCAGUGGAGAGCUACGCAGCCAGGCGUCCAUGCCACGUCACGCCGUCUUCUUGACGGCCGGGAUCGGUUCCACCCCCGCGGUGGCAGCCAUUGCCGCCAUUGCGGAGUCGGCCCCACGGCCGGAGACUCUUACCAUCUUUUAUUCCGUCCGCCAGGUUUCAGAGGCUGCCUUCUUGGAGCUGCUGGCCUCGGCUAGCGCGGUGCUCAAACAGUUGGGCGUCGCCUACCAAGUCGUGCUCCUCUUGACCGGAGCUGAUGACAAUGAGAAGAGAGAGCUCAAAGGAAUGUUGAGUUCCAUCAACUCCGUCCAGGUUGAAACUGGCAGAUUGUCGGCAAAGUUAUUGUCAGAUCACCUCUCAGCCAAGAUGGAACGUGAGCAUGUCGAAGGCUUCAUCUGCGGCCCAGCCGGCUUUGAGUCCGCUGCCAGAGGCAUGUGGACUGCAGCAGGACUCCACAAGAGCCGAAGUACCAACAAGGUGCAGAAAAAUGUGCAGUGCAGCAUGGAGGGAGGGGGUGAAGGGAGGCAGAGAGAGGGGGAAGCGCAAGUGGCAGAGAAAGGCCAAGAGCUUCCAGUCACGCCAGUGGAAGUCUCUAUCGACCUUUAUGAUGCAGCCAUUUGGUGUCGCGAUUCUUUCAAACAGGAGGUUCGCGACUUGAUGUCACGCGUUGCUGACGGAGCAACCGCCUCGCGCGGGACUGACGUCGCAACAGCCUCGCGCGGGACUGAUGCCGCAACCGCCUCGCGUGGGACUGAUGGAGCAUCCCCCUCGCGCAUGCUUGACGGAACUGGAUCCCAGACGGAUUCCUUGAUCCGCGCCAAGAAGAAAUGGAGGGUGGUGCACACCUUCCGGAGUGGCCUGGCGGAGCCUUUGAAUGAGCUGGACUGCUACAGGAAGGCCGCCAUGACAUUGUACGAGGCUAUCCGCCUGCGCGGCUUUCAUCAGCCUCCAACGAAUCCGGCGGCCUGGUAUGCUUACAAGCACAAGACACGGCUAGAGAAAUGGGCCGCGCCGGCAGUCUGGACACUGCUCCUGCUGGACAUCAUCGAGACCCCGCUCUGGUGCAACGGCAAAAUUUAUGCCACAGGAGGCAUUUGCCCGGCUGGUGAGAGCCCAGAAUACCUGCUCAGUGGCUUGGUCUAUGUCCCCGUGGCUUGGGCCGUAGCCAUCGAGCUGUUUAUCCUGACCUUCCUGUUUGGGAACCUCCUGUUGCACCUUCGUCUUUAUAUUUCCAUGCGGGGCUACGGCCAUGCCACUACAUCAGGCCGAUUGCUGCUGGAGGCGGCGUUGAUCACGCUAAGCUUCCUGGACUUGGCUGCCUUUUUCGCUGGCUCGAAGCUUCGGAUCGCACCGGUCCUGAGAUUCGGCCUUGCUGCGUGCGCCGUCCCACGCCUGGAGGAGUUGGUGCUCUCAUUCUUUCGGACAACAAAAGCUGUCAGCAAGGUUGGCAUGUUCCUGGUCUACACCGUGGUCCUGUUUGCAUUCGUGACGGCGUCCAUGUUUGAUGACCUGGAGGAGAAUGACCCGUUUGGCACUCCCGCGAACACAGGCUUCACCUCGUUCAGUGACUCGAUUUACACCUGCUUCGCAGCUUUGACAACAGCAACGCUGCCGGAUGCAUUGGUGCCAACUUAUAGCACUCAGCGGCUCUAUGCUUUGAUCUGGAUGCCCUUCAUCUUCAUGGGCUCCGUGCUCCUGAAGCAAGUCAUACUGGCCGGUGUCUACAAUGACUACAGCCAGCAUGCCAAGAGUAACCUGAUGGUAGGACGUGAACUUCGACAAUCUGGGAUUGUGUCUGCCUUUAGCCUGCUGCGGCACGACCACCACGACAAGAAAGCUGUCGUAAGGUUCGAAGAUUUUGAGAAGCUGGUGGACGCCAUGAGUGUGCUGCUGGACAUGUCUGCCACGAAGGAGAUGCUUCGAGUCAUCUUCCAUGCCUUGGACGACAACCUCGAUGGUGUCCUGGACUGGUCCGAGUUCGAGGAGAUGUGUGACGUACUUCAGUUUCAGUUCGACAUCACAAAGCGUGAUGCGCCUUUGAAGGAAUGUCUUCACGGCACAGCUGUGGAGAAGUGGAUGCGUUACAUCAUGGAGAAUGGAUCGGGUGGCACGAACUUAGGCUACGCGGUUCGUUAUCCCGGCUCCAUCAUGGACGUGGUGAUGAACGCAGUGGUCUCUGCCAAUGUGAUCUGGGUCAUUGGCGAAUCUGUUUUCGACAUGAAUGACAUACAGGAGCCAGCUUGGGUGGUGAAUGUGGACCUCUUCUUCUCUUUGAUUUACAUGUUGGAGGCCUUGCUGAAGCUGUCCUACUGGUCCUGGGAGGAGUACUGGUUCUAUGCUGACAACAGGUUUGACCUGAUCACCAGCCUAAUCUUGAGUGGAGUUGCUGUAAUCUUCCUCACCGUCCGUCACAUCUCUCUGGAGACGCUGCGCAGCGCCAACGUGCUCCGGUUGCUUCGGGUCCUCAAAGCUCUCAAGCACGUCAAGACCUACAAGCGCACGAGCAUGAUCGUGAGCAAACUCUUCAGCACAUGUCGCGAGGUUCUGUUGCUGAACGUCCUUGUGGUGCUGCUGUGGGCUUCCAUCGGUGUCCAAAUCUUCGGAGGUCGCCUGGUGCCUUCGAACCCGCGGCUGCCGGAGGACUUGGGCUAUUUCCAGAACAACUACCAGGUAUUGAAUUUUAACGACGUGCCAAUGGGAAUGAUGACGCUUUUCAUGUGGACUCUCGGAGAAUGGAAUGAUGACUUGGCCACAGCAUGCUUGGAGUUGGCCGAACCCUUCUCCGUCGAGAAGGUGGUGAUUUGGAUGUUCCUGCUCUCGUUUUACGUGGCAUCGCCUCUCUUAGCUUACAAUGUUUUAUCAGCUUUCGCCAUCGAUGUUUAUCAGAACAUUGAGAGCAGUGUCUCCAAAGAGGAGGAGGAGGGCCAUGCCGUGUGCGAGGUUGAGCGGAACCUGUUGAGGAUCCAGGCCGAACUUGCGGACGAUGGCUGGGUGCUACACAUCCAGGAGUCAGCCGACCUCGCCAAGCUCCGAGUGCACGCGUCGCUGUUCAACGUCGCGUGA